AUGAAUACGAAUAUGUAUGCGAAAAUAUGCGACAAAGGUGGUGUCGAUGAUGACAUUGAUGAACGAAUAUUUCGUAGACCGGGUCUCGUUCUGAACGAAAGCGAGAGGAGGAUUCAGUCGCUUCUGGAGGUGGUCAAGGCCCAAGUUUUGUGGACGAGCGCAGUUUUCUCCCGAGCCAGCUGCAACCAUAAUGCGGGAUCACACGUCCCAGCCGAAUAUGAUGCAAUCGCCAGAGCACCACAUCUUACAGCAUCACAGGAUCAUAGGAUGCAUAGGAUGUUACAGAUUGACGUGUUCGCAUCAAAGUAUUCGCAUCUUACAAAACUAGGCGAUAUCGAAGAAACUGAAGAUGAAGACGUGCCAUGGACUGGAGAACAACCGUUGAACAAGCUGUCAAAGCUGAAGACCACUCUUACUAGUGGUCAUGCUGCUGGCUAUUGAUGGAACGGCUCUCUCAAAAAAACCAUCGAGAGACCUACAAAAAUAACAGUUGUGUUUUGUGUUUUGGUUUUGUUUCAUUAGGUUUUCGCAAUAAUGCAUUUUUUCUUAGAGUAAUCAAUUUGCUUGUACUCUUGUAGAAUGUGAAUAGCUUUUCUUUUUUUGCUUAUUUCCAAAAAUACUAUGCAAAUAUUCUCUCAAUUUUUGCUUAUCUUAUCAGGCCAAGCAGAACGGCUUCACGUUGGGUUCCCAUGACCAUG